AUGCCCUACUCAGAUCUGCCCCCCGAACUUCUUCUUCACAUUGCGUCCUUCUUGGUUGCCGACUAUGAUACGGGUCUGUGCUGGGCCUAUUAUCCCGAACCGUAUACCUGCCUCGCAUGGCUCAACAGCUGGAUUCAAACGUCAAAAUCGCACGCGGAGCUCCUAACCCCUCAGCUGUACGACCGUGGCUUGCGAACUUUCCCCAGGAGAAAAGCGACGGAGGCGGACGCAAAGCCAUGGGAGUACCCCUGGUUUACCCCGAUAAUAACGCCAUGUCCCCUUGAACGUAGAUUGUACGACGUUGCGCGACACUGGAAAUCAGAUAUCCUGACCAGUUAUCUACUGGGCAGAAUACACCAAGGGAUCUGGCCCGUGGGCGAAUCCUGUCAGAUAUGCUUGUUAACCUUCAUGGUUAAGGCUGGGAAUAUCGCCAUGCUGGAGACACUGAUUGCGCUCGGGUACCUGCAAGGCAGAUCCCCCCAGCUUGGCCAUCUUGACACAGUGACACCACUAAAUAUGGCCAUCAUGACCGACAACCUAGCGGCAAUGCGGGUUCUUCUGGAUGCGGGCGCUGAUAUCAACCAAAGGUCCCAGUAUGGCCUGUUGCCACUGCAUGUUGCCGCGUCGAAGAGCAAGUCGGUAGAGCCCGUUAACCUGCUUAUACAGGCAGGGGCAGAUAUCUGGGCCACCGCAGCCAACACAAGUCGGACAUACCCAGUGGAAUCUGCGCUGGGUGGAGGCAAUGAGCGCUCUCAUAUUGCUCGGCCGCUUCUAGACGCAAUUCUUGACACCGAAAAUCCGGCAGCAGAUCCAGACUGGAAGGAACGGGUAUUGCAUACUGCCAUCCUGCACAGUCGGCUUGGCUCUGCCGACAUCGUCCAGACCCUGGUUAAUAAUGGCGCAGAUGUCUUCUCUCGGUGUACACGCCAGGGUGACAAAACGGCCAUCGAGCUGGUUGCUUUACGCGAGACAGAGCCCAGAUAUAUACACCCCAGAAGCGACGACAUGUACCGUGAACUGCGUAAAAUUGCAGCCGCCCUGUUCCAGGCCGAACCUCACCUGUGGCCACUGGGACACAUUAAUCGGCAUCUGUGGGAAUGCAUGCGGGGGGUCGACUGCGUCGAACAGGGCCAAACCAUGCUAUUCAACUUCCUCAUUCAGAGCGGGGAGUCCGCUCUGGAUGUUGUUGGACCUGGGUUCAAAGCACUGCACUACCUGUGCGACCCGUGGUUGUUCGCUCAUCCAUACUAUAGUCCCCGCACGAACCACCCUGCUAGCAUCCAUCGAAUGGUGUCCAUCCUACUGGACAACGGGGCCAGUGUCGUGACGCGCAACUCCUACGGACAAAGCCCCCUUCUAUUCGCAGUCAAGCUGGCAUCCCCCAUGUUGCUCACCCUGUUUCUAGAGAAAAGGCCCAAUUGUCUCAUUGAGGAUAACGCUUUGCACACCAGCAUGAACGGCUUCCCCGACGAAACCGUACCGCUCUCCGUCGCCAUUCGAAGGAAUGACAUAGAAAUAGCCAAGAUGCUCCUAGAUCACGGUGCCGAUAUUUCCAUCGUUGAUAUCGACCACUUGAACGCGCUAUGCGUGCUGGAGCCACGUAUUCUCGAGGUCCUAAUCAAAUCUACACUUGCCGUGCCCGAGCACCGUCGAGAGUGGGGAUGUUCCCUGGCCCUUGCUAUCGAGACCGGAAACCGUGAAGUAAUCGAUAAGCUCCUCGAGGCCGGAGCUUCUCCUUACGGGAAGACUGGAUAUGGUGGCACGGCUUUACAAUACGCCGCAUACCGCCGUGACGUGAAGACUUUACAAAUACUCAUCCAACGCUGGGGGCCGGCUCUCGUACGGUCCGAUGAUUGCCCAAGCGGAAGUUUGGUUUGCGCUGUGCUGCGCGAGGCAGGGUUUCCGCGGGCGAGUAUGACAAAGGACCCGGAACUCCUGAGGAUAGCGAAGAGCUUGGUCGACAAUGGGGCAGCGGUUUAUGAACCCUGUUAUGUCUGUGGAUCUUGGAAAGAGGAAUUUGGCAUCCAGGUGGGCGCUCAAGUUGGUAUGCGGUCGUCGACAAAAAACGUUACCUGGGGAGGAGUCAGCGGUUCAUAA